AUGUAUAAUAAAACCACAAACUUAAAACGUGACACCCGACGCGCAAAUAGAUCCACGGGGUGUCCAUAGCACGUUUUGGGCAAUCACGCCAGUCACCACGCUUGGCAUAUGCUGGUAAAUAUUCCACGAAACUCUGCUCUUAUAUCACGAGCACUCACCACGCACAAAUCCACCAAACACAGAUUUAGCUAACCAAUGCUGUUCUUGCUACAAGAUUAAUCAGUUAUCUGUAGGUAUUGAUCAGUGAUCAGUUGCAGAGAUGAAGUUUGGGAAGCUGCUCAAGAGGCAGAUCGAGCAGAGCCUCCCGGAGUGGAGGGACAAGUUCGUGAGCUACAAGGAGCUGAAGCGCAUCGUCGCCUCCAUCUCCGGCUCGCCGGCCGACGAGGCCGCCUUCGUCGCCGCCCUCGCCGCCGACAUCGACAAGAUCGACUCCUUCUUCCUCGAGCAGGAGGAGGAGUUCGUCAUCCGCCAUAGGGAGUUGCAGGAGGCGAUCAAGAAGGCGGCGGAGGCGGCGGCGGAGGUGGCCGGAAUCCGGCGGGAGAUCGUGGACUUCCACGGCGAGAUGGUGCUGCUGCUGAGCUACAGCAGCAUCAACUACAUCGGGGUGGGCAAGAUCCUCAAGAAGCACGACAAGCGCACCGGCGGCGCGCUGGCGGCGCCGGUGGCGGAGGCGGUGCGGGAGCGGCGGCACUUCUUCAAGACGGAGACGGUGUCGCGGAUGGUGCGGGAGUGCGAGGCGAUGAUGGCGGAGGCGGCGGUGCUGCCGGCGGAGGCGGCGCCCGAGGCGCUCGCCGCGGCGGCGGAGCACGGGAUAUUCCGGAACACCGUGGCGGCGCUGCUCACCAUGGAGGACGUGCGGCGCGGCAGCUCCACCCACGGGCGCCACUCGCUGCCGCCGCUCACCCUGCCGGACUCCGACUGGCUCCGCUCCUUCCAGCCGCCGUCCCCCAUCCCCAUCCAAUGACCACCGCCUCUUCGUCCUCGUCGGCCGCGGCGGAGGCUUUGCCGGGAAAUUCUGCGCUGCGAAAUCUGUAAUUAAAUUUGCUUAAUUAUCUUCUUGAUCUUUUUUCUUUUUCUUUUUUUUUUUGCUGCUUCUUAAAUAGGAGCGGCUAAAUAAUGUAAAAAUGCGAGUUAACAUACAUACAGACGAAUUCAUACGUGUUUUGGCUUUCAAAUAUUCAAAUGUAAUACGAAUUUUCCUCU